GACUCGCCCAUUGAGGGGGCCUAUAGGCUGGCUUAUAACUUGACCAGUUUGAGUCAGUCUUGUUGUCUUCUGACGCCUGAGGAUAGGCAGGAAAGGAGAGAGGGAAGCCAACCGUCGCUCUGCCACGUAAGCACAGCAGACAGGCCGGCACGAGUCGCUCGCCUCGUUGUCGCAGGUCGGCAGUCUUUCCGACUGCCACGUCGGGUCAUGCAACCGCCAAUCAGAAUAGGGCAACAAACGCCUUCUGACCAAUCGGACAAGUGCAGCCAGUCAACCAAUCGGAGCCGUCUUGCUGACCUGCCGCCUCGUGGUCUGCCCGUCAGCUGCCUAUGCCAACAGGACAGCUCUGUGGGCAGGGCUGGCGCCUAA